AUGGCGAACAUUGUAAACUCAUCGCUCGGCAUCAUCCGUCGACACAAAACACGACGGCCUCGCCUUCACUCACGGUGGGGUGAUGUUACAAUCACCCCUCCCGUCGAAGGGGCCUGGUCCCAAUUCGAGAACCCAUACCUCCGUGACGACGAAGAAUAUGGACCAGGCUUUGUCCCUAGUAUCGACAUUGGCAACAAGGAAGUCUUGCUUCUCGACUCUGCUAGCGACAGCUCCGAUGACGAGUCGACCACAAAAGAAAAGAGGGGCAUGAAGGAGGAGAGGACAGAAAAGGAAGUCGACUCAAAGGCUAUGUCGAAGGCUAGGCGAUUGACUCGGAUCUUGCUUCCUUCGAGUGUCGACUCUCCUGUCAGAAAAACAUCAGUCGACAAAAGUAAAGUCACAGACUUUAGAUAUAGACCUGUGCAGCCAGACUAUGCACAGGAAGUCGCCGAGAAGAUUGACAAGCAGAGUCGACCUCAUUUCCGCUAUGUGCCUGCCAGUAAGCACUACAUGCAGGAAUUGAAGAUAGCUGAUAUUCGGUUGAGCGAUGAUGACAUUUCAUACUGUCAAAACGACUCGGAAGAUGACGCCGACGACGAAUAUGAGGCUAACUCAAUCAAAAGUCGUAGCGAGAGACAGCAACGACUACGAAGUCACUCGUGUGAUCCCGAUAUUGGUGGCCGGUCACCUGUUGCGACCACAACCAGACGGAAGCCUCACUCUCAGCGUGGAACACCUCUCGAAACAAUCCACAGCCCAACCAGCACAUUGUCCGAUGCUAUGUCGUCGGCUACGUUGACACGACCCGCGGGUCCACGAGCCAACAGCACUUCUCGACUUGGAGAACAGGAACCCAGCCCAAGGUUCUAUGCCAUUCGCCCUGACAAAAAGCCUCAAGUAAUCACUGUUAAGCGAUCGCAAUCCGCCACCCCCAAGCUACGUCGACGAACAAUGACUCUUGAGAUGGUUCGUGAUCAGGACGACCUAUGGUACUGA